CUAUCACGGCGCAUGCGCAGUGUGUUUAGACGCUGGUGUGGAGAGAAACGUUAAUAAAGUACGCAGAAAUGUCCGCUCGCAGUGUGUUAUAUACCCGGAGACUGCUGCUGCCGCCUUUUGGGUCUUAUCUUCACCGUCGGGCUGUGCUGCUCCAGGUGUUUAUAUUUCUCCGGUUCUGUAGGGUUGUUGUGCUGGCUGAGAAUCACUGCAUGUCCACACACAGUGAUGAAGUACGUCUGGCACAGGAAGCCAGCAAGAAAUAUGGCAAUCCUGCACCAACCAUAUUCUCCAAAGUUAUCGAUAAAACUAUUCCAGCAGACAUCAUUUUUGAAGAUUACAAGUGUCUGGCAUUCAGGGACAUCAAUCCCCAGGCACCGGUGCAUUUCCUAGUUAUUCCAAGGACUCCCAUCCCAAGGAUCAGUGAGGCUCAUGAUGAUGACGCACUGCUCCUUGGUCACCUUCUGGUGGUGGCUAAAAACCUGGCAAAGAAAGAAGGGUUGGAUGAAGGAUACAGAGUUGUGAUCAAUGACGGCAAAAAUGGGGCUCAGUCUGUAUACCACCUGCACAUCCACGUCCUGGGAGGACGACAGAUGCAGUGGCCCCCAGGAUAGAUGGACCCUCUGCCAUCGUAAAUCAAAUGGUCUGUGUUGUUUAGCAGUGUUGAUUAUCGAUGCAUUUAAUGCAAAAUAUUAAAAUUCAAAUGAGAAUAUGAGAAGCAAUAAUGAUUGUGCAUAAUUCUUCAUGUUUUCACCAAAAUAAUAUACGAUAUAUAUGUUUUUUAUUUCCAUUUAUUCGUUAAUGCUUGGACAGUCAAUGUGAAAAUAGAACUGAUUUAUGAUUUAAACUGAUAAUUUUGUUCAUUCAAAGUAUUUUUGAGUUGAAUUAAACCGGUUGUUUGUUCUUA